GGUUCGCUCCCGACAUUGUUCCUUUAAAACUCAACAUAUAUUUCUCAUGUAUAUCUACAUCAAUUAAACUAAAAUAGAACACCCUGUACGUGUUUCUGGCUAUCUGCACGUUCGUCAGUCGCUAUUUACUUCUUUCUCAACCAACGAGAGCAUCAUCGGUUCUCUCGCGGAUCAACGGCAAUCGGCGACGAAACGUCGACGGUGACAGAGCCGACAGUGGCGACGAUCACAUGAUUUUGACGUUAUAGCGCGGCUGCAUCGUCGUUUCAAACAUGGCCGCGGCGGAAUGCGAAACGAAGGAGAGCACCUCUCUUUCGGCGGACCUGUUGAAGACUCCUCCAGUUUUGUCCGGCGAGACUGUCAGCACGAUCGAGAAGCAGGAGGGCUCCGGCAUUCCGUUGCAGACUCCGUGGACCUUCUGGCUCGACAAAGCUAUUCCUGGUACAACUGCUGAAGAAUACAAAGCCAAUCUGCAGAAAAUCUAUACUGUAAAUACUGUGCAAAAUUUCUGGGCAGUCUUCAAUAACAUACCAAAUGCUGGGGAUAUGCAGGUUAGAUACAGUUACCACUUAAUGAGAGAUGAAAGAUAUCCUUUAUGGGAAGAUAAACUGAAUCAAAAGGGUGGGACCUGGAGAAUAAAGUGCCAUAAAUGCGAUACAGAACGUGUCUGGAAAGAAGUGGUGCUUGCGGCUAUUGGAGAACAGUUUACCACAAAUGUGGCACAGGAUGAUGAAGUCUGUGGUGUGACAGUAUCCAUUCGCGAUAGGGAAGAUCUUAUUCAAAUUUGGAACAUUAACGCUUCUUUGCAAUCAAAAGCUACAGUCCUAAAAAAAGUUCACUCCCUAUUGCCUGAUGUCAAUUUUUUGGGAGAAUUUUAUAAAGAACAUCAAUCCAAUCAUGCUUAUGGGAGACGUUAAAUACACAGUGAUACUGUGAUGAAAGAAAAUUAUGAAUCGUUAAAUGUAUUUUAAAAGAUUUUGACAAUAAGGAGAAAACGUGUUUAUGUGUGAUGUAUAAAUAAUAUUUGUAUUAUUGUUAAUGCGACAAAAGUUCUCUAAAAAAAAGAUAAUCGGAAUAAUGUGUGAAUAUGUUAAAGAACGAGCUAUCAUCAUAUAUUUUAAAAAUUU